UGGGGGCGGGCUUCCGCGGCCGCCGGGCCUUUGUCUGGGCCGCGCCGCCGGGCCACCAUCUUGGCGUCCAGAGCGGGCUCCCGGGUUCCGGGGGCCCAGGCGAUGCCGGCGCGGUCCUGCCCCGCGUAGCGAGGACCCCGCCACGAUGUAAGCUUGAAGUUUCCUGGGAAAUCCUUGUGACACCCUGCUUCCAGAAGGUCCAUGGGAGGAACCUUAUUCCCUGGGAGCUGGAAACGGACACCGCCUGACCAAACCGGAGUUUUUCUUUAAGUGGGAGCUUAGAUUUGGGCCAUGGACCGUAGCAGAAGCUUCAGUUCGAUGCCUUCCAGGUUCACCUUGAUCAAGAAGAGGCUCUAAUGCCACUUCUGCUUCCCAGUGACAUGCUGCUCCCUUGAGAUCCGGAGUCAGGACGCUGGGUGUCCUGGAACCCAGAAAUGACACCAAGUGCUUGACCAUGACUUUGGAACAUGGACCCGGCUUUAGGCCCAGCCCAGAGCACGUAUUUGCACCAUCCCAGCCUGGUGUUGGUGUCGUUCGAGGACGUGGCCGUGCGCUUCACCUGGCAGGAGUGGCAGGAGCUGAACGCGGCCCAGAGGAGCCUCUACAGGGACGUGAUGCUGGAGAACUACCGCAGCCUGCUCUUCCUGGGGCACUGCGUGACCAAACCCGAAUUGAUCUUCAACUUAGAACAUGGACUUGGGCCAUGGAGUGCAGCAGGUGCCUCGGUCUGGACCCUCUCAGGUGUCAACAAAGUGAGUGGCCUGGUUGAGACCAUCCAGGAAAAUGAAGGCAAACAUUUCUGGCAAAUUGAAAUCAACAGCAAUACAUCAAAUGAAGAACUGGUUGAAGCGGAACUAAAGAUUCCUGAGGAAAUCCGCCGAGGGACAAAACCCUAUGACUGUGAAGUAUGUUUGGAAGCAUUUUACCUGGAGUCACAGUAUAGCACAAGUCAGAGAUACCACACUUGUGAGAAUCCAUAUGAAUGUAAGGAAUGUAGAGAAGCUUUCUAUCCCAAGUCUGCCUUCAGUCCAUGUCAGAGGCUUGAGAGAGGGGAGAAACCCCAUGCGUGUAUAGAAUGUGGGAAAACCUUCUACUGCAAGUCACACCUCACCGUGCAUCAGAGGACUCACACAGGCGAGAAGCCCUAUGAAUGUACGCAGUGCACGAAAGCUUUCUACAGCAAGUCGCAACUCAAUGUCCAUCUGAGGAUUCAUACAGGUGAGAAGCCUUAUGAGUGUAAAGAGUGCAGGAAGGCUUUCUACCGGAAUUCUGACCUCACUGUGCAUCAGAGAACUCACACAGGCGAGAAGCCCUAUGAAUGUAAAGUAUGCAGUAAAGCUUUCUACUGCAACUCACAGCUCACGGUGCAUCACAGGACUCACACAGGCGAGAAGCCCUAUGAAUGUCAAGUAUGCAGCAAGGCUUUCUACUGCAAGUCACAGCUCGCCGUGCACCACAGGACUCACACAGGCGAGAAGCCUUAUCAAUGUAAAGAAUGCAGGAAGGCAUUCCAGUGCAGGUCUGACCUCACGCGACAUCAGAGAACUCACACUGGUGAGAGACCAUAUGAAUGUAAUGAGUGCAGGAAGGCUUUCUACCGCAAGUCAGACCUCACUGUGCAUCAGAGGACUCACACAGGCGAGAAGCCCUACGAGUGUAAAGAAUGCAGGAAAGCUUUCUACUGCAACUCACAGCUCACAGUGCAUCAAAGGCAACACACAGGGGAGAAGCCUUACGAAUGUAAAGACUGUGGGAAAGCCUUUCAGUGCAAGUAUGAACUCACUCGCCAUCAGAGAACACACACAGGUGAGAAACCUUAUGUAUGUAUAGAAUGCAAAAAAGGCUUCUACACCAAGUCAGAUCUCACUCGCCAUCUAAAAACUCACGCAGGUGACAAAAACCGCAACGAGGACUCCGGGGGUCCAGGAAUCCUGAAAUGGUGCGUCGGUGGCAGGUGCCCCGCUGUGGAGCGCGGCCUGGACGGGCUCCGGCCCCGGGCGUGUGCGUCCCUGGUCCCGGGCGCGUGUCGUGCUGGGCGGGAAGGCUGUAACCUGGCCCUUGGCUCUCCGUUGUCUGUGCCCCUGGGUCCCCCGAUCUCUGCCUCCGAGGGCUCCCGCCGUCCGGGGUUGGUGUCGUUCGAGGACGUGGCCGUGCGCUUCACCUGGGAGGAGUGGCAGGAGCUGAGCGCGGCCCAGAGGAGCCUCUACAGGGACGUGAUGCUGGAGAACUACCGCAGCCUUCUCUUCCUGGGGAAACGCUGGUACUUCCUGGUGUCUGGCUUAGCCAGUAGAGUGGCCACUUCAGACAGUGCUCACAUUUCACAGGGGAUCAGGCAGACGCCUGAAGCUAGUCAAGAAUUUCUGCAGUGUGGGCACUGUCUGACCAAACCUGAGCUGAUCAUCAAGUUGGAGCAUGGACUUGGGCCGUGGGAUGUGGCAGAAGCCUCGGGCAGGAGCCUCCCAGAUGUUCAUGUAUUGACUACCCCGAUGGUGACCAGCCAGAAAAAUCACAAGACGUAUUUGUGGCAAGUCGGAACCACCCAAAACAAGGCAUCAAAUGAAAAGAUUGUAGAGCUAAAGGCGCAGCAGAAGGUCCAUGAAGGGUCAAAAUCCUGUGAAAGCGAAGCUCCUGGGAGGACGUUCCGUCAGAACUCUCGGCGCACCGGGAGCCAGAGGCCUCACACCCCAGAGGUGGCUCUUCCUUCCGAGUCCCAUCGGAGGCCCCGGGGCGGGAAGGGAGGCCGGGAGGGCGGGGAGGGCGGGGAGGGCCCUGCGGCCGGCAGGCCCGGUGCGCGCGCAGGCUGCCGCGGGGCGGAGCCGGGACCUCCAGGCCGCCAGGGGGCCCUCCCCAGCGGGGGCCCCUACGAGUGCGAGGCCUGCGGCCGGGCGCUCCGCACCAAGCGAAACCUCGCCCGGCACCGGCUGCUCCACACGGGCGAGAGGCCGCACGCGUGCGCGGAGUGCGGCCGCGCCUUCCCCCACAGGGCGGCCCUCGCUCAGCACCGGAGGGUGCACGCGGGCCGGAGGCCCCACGCGUGCGCCGACUGCGGCCGCGCCUUCUCCCGCCCGGCGCACCUCGCCCGCCACCGGCGGACCCACACGGGCGAGCGGCCGUUCGCCUGCGCCGACUGCCCGCGGGCCUUCCCCUGCCGCGAGCGGCUCGCCCGCCACCGGAGGGCCCACGCCGGCGAGCGGCCCUUCGCCUGCCCGCAGUGCGGGCGGGCCUUCCUCCACAGGGCGCACCUCACCCGCCACCGGAGGAGCCACUCGGGCGAGAGGCCCUUCGCCUGCGCGCCUUGCGAGAAGGCCUUCUCCUGCCGGUCGGACCUCACCGCGCAUCUCAAGGCCCACCCGGCCGAGAAGCCCCAUCGGUGCAGCGAGUGCGGGGCCUCCUUCUACCGGAGGCCGCAGCUGGCGCUGCACGAGAGGGGUCACGCAGGCCAGAGGCGCUACGAGUGUGCCGACUGCGGAGAGGUUUUCCACUGCAGAUCCCACCUCACGCUGCACGGGAUGGUACAUGCGGAUGAGUACCCGUAUGUGUGUCCGGCAUGUGGGAAGUAUUUCUACUAUAAGUCACAGCUCCUCGUGCACGGGAGAACCCACCUGGGGGAUAAGCCCUAUGAAUGCGGGGACUGCGGGAAAGCUUUCUCCCGCAAGCCGAACCUCCUUCGACACCAAAGCACCGCUCACUCCAGCAAGAGCCGUUCGAAUGUAGCAGAUGCGGGAAAGCUUUCUACUGCGAGCCAAGACUCCCUGUGUCUCAGGGAACGUGAACACGUGGAAAAGAACGCAGGAUAGCUUUCAACCUCAAGUAAGGGCAGCGGACAGCUCAGCUGGAGAGCCCCGAGAACAGAGAGAGAUGGAUUUGAACAGGAAAUCAUGUGGCUGUGAAGUGUGUGCAGGCCACAGUUCUGUAGCGCUAGCGCCCAGGGUACUUUAGGGCUUUCACACGGACAAGAAGCUUCACAAAUGGAGAGUGAAGAAGUUGAUUCUUGUGUUACACCCAACACAAGAAGUGGGGUCGUUGUUGUAAAGAGCCUGAAGGUAUUGUCUAUGGGGAGGAAUUGGAAGACUAGGGUUGGGCAAGGAAAGCAUGUGACGUUUGUAAACAGACUGUUGUAGUAGGAGCCAGGAAGACAGUGCUGAGAGCAAAAGCCGGAUCUGAGCUUUUGUAGGGGAGAAAGACCCUUGGUGCUGGCCUGGAGGCCGGCAGCUCCUGUGAUGUAGUCUUGUCUUGCUUUCGGGUUUCAGUGUUGCUUCCUUUGCUCUGCUGCGAUGUCAUCUCUCAGCUCUUUGCUCCUGCUGCAGUGACUUCUCCACUGUGGAAUUCAAAUAAAGUCCUUACCUUAGGUCAUGGGAUAUACCUCCUGCCUUGACAGCCGCUACCCUAGAGCUGUGAGCUGGGGGAAAUCUUUUCUCUCUGGAGUUGCCUGUUUUGGGGUUAUUGCAGCCACAAACAGAAAUUAAGACAACUUGCUACUGAGAAGUAAUGUUCUUGCUGUGAUAAGCCUGGCCAUGAGGCUCUUUGGCCUCUGGGACUGUUUUAUGCCUGUUCACCCAAAAGUAGGAAUUCUAAAGUGAAGGGGUCCCAUGCCCUGUGACUCUCCCUCAUUCCUGAGGUCAUUGGGCACCAGUCUUGGACCUGUGAUUUUUCUAAGGACUACAUGACAUUCUUCAGGUAGGAGGUAUGCAGAAAAGAAGCCUCACCCACAAAGGGAGCCCUCUAUUUUGCACUGAGCUCAUGGCUGUUCAAGGUAAUAGUGCACUUCGACCUUAGCAGCAGGGUUUCCUGACAAUGCUCUUUAGAGACAACUGCCCAGGAAAGAGUUUUCCCAGGGUCAGCAGACAGACGUCCAUGUUGGAAAUGCCUGGGUCCUUUCUCAACCUGGCGGCAAUACAUAGCAGUGUCAGCCACGUGAGGAUGGUUUGGGAGACAUGGAAAAUGCAAGGCUGAGAUGCACACAUGCUCUGUGGUGCUCGUGGAAGCUGAGGUCAGACCGAGAAGCCACUGCAGAGCUAUGAAUUUUGGUCCAACCAUUUUCUCUGCUCCCUGAGUUUUCUCUUUUGGAAAAAGAGUUUUACUUUGUGCCGCUCUAUGUCAGAAACUUGUUUUCUAUCGUAUGGAACUUGCAGGCAAGAGAUUGCCUUGAGCUCCAGAUAGCUAUGGAUUUUGGUCUUUCAUACAGCAUUAGUAUUGGUAAAGACGAUGAGGACUUUAGAAAGUGGAUUAUGUUUUGCAUUCACAAUAUGAGCAUGAGAUUUUGGGGAGAAGGGAUCAGAGGUUACACCUAAAAUAUGGUAUGUUUAGGUGUCAGUUUGACAAGCGAUAGUGUUGUGAUGGUUAAAUUAAAUAUCCUCCGUGGUCAGAUCUAGAAUCACUUGAGAUACGCCUUUGGGCAUACCUGUAGGGGUUCUCUUGAUUAGGUAACUGAGACGGGAAUACCCAUCAACCAUGGGUAGUACCUUUUCCUAGGCUGUAUACAAAGGAAAAAGUGUUCUUAGCACAAGCCCUCAUUGUGUCCUUCUUGCCUAAGGAUACAUUGUUACAAACUGUUUCACACUCUCCGACUCUAUGGGACUGUAAGCCAAAAUAAACCUUUAUCUCCUG